ACUAGGGACAAAAUGUAUGUGAAAUAAUAAUCAUUUAAUUUCAAAUUUGCCGCCGGCGCCCGUACGUCCCGAUGUCACAGGGACCGGAACACAGAAGCCAGAUGCCGGCAUCGGCCGGAGGAGAUGGCCGGGGACGCUGCAGGGGACACAUCGCAGGAGCGAAGGACAAGGUAAGUGCUGCACGGACUCCCUGUGCAACACCGCAUGGUAAGCCCGAGUGUAGCUCGGGGUUACCGCUCUUGGUACUGAAAUUUUACCCCAAGCUACACUCGGGAAUACCGCCAAGGAGGUUAAACUUCAUG